AUGACGAGCCCGAACGCACAUCUAAUCGAUGUGAUGCCUCCUCGUCUUCCGUAUCGGGCAAAUCCACCCGAUAACACUUGCUGGAAGACGGGUCAAGAGGUGACAUUAUCUCCGACUUUUGAGGCCUGUAAUAAAAAAAAAUAUGGGGAAGAAUUCGCACUGCGGACGACCCAGACAACAAACAAAAAUUAUCUCUUAAUUUUGUUCAACAACAUGCUUCCCUUGUAUUUGCUCACGUCUGUGAAAAAGCAGCCGAUUUUGGUGGAGUUGAAGUCGGGCGAGACGGUCAACGGACUGCUCGACAACUGUGAUUCCUGGAUGAAUCUCACGCUCAUCGACGCCGUCACCGUCGACCAGCAUGGUCUCAACUUCGAAAAGGUGCCCGAGGUGUAUGUGCGUGGAAGUCAAAUCAAAUACGUGCGUAUGAGCAACGACAUAAUCGAUAGAUUCAAGGACCAGAACAGAGGCCAGAACAGAUCCCGUCCGAUGCAGAAGAAACAGCAAAGAGGUGGAAGAGAUGGCAGAGAUGGCAGAGACGGUAGAGACGGUAGAGACAGACGCAACGGCAAUCACCGCACAAAAUAG